AUGGCAAACGUAUACAAGAUAACAAUCGCGAACCAAUCCGGGAAGCAACAAAGAUACGCCCUCUUUGCCGAAAAGCCCGCCGUCACCGGCACCCCACAAGAAGGCCUGCAGCAUGUCUUUGCAACGGCUCACACAGCCAGCGAUCAGAUAGCCUUCAUCGAGAUCCACCGACAGUACUACGCCAUGUGUGGCCUUUUCGAGUCCUGUCCUGGUCGAGGUGUGAACGUAUCGGUCGUUGAACGACGCGAAGUCACACUGGGCAUCGUACAUAUGGAUGGUACACAGAGUCCCGGAACGACCUUGUCGAUGACCGUCAUCGAUGGUGUCCCUCAGUUUCGACAGGAGAUGACCUUGAAGUCCGCUGCAAACGCUUUCGAGAUCGAUACGGACGAUUCAUUUACAUAUGAGGAAGCCGUCAAGUAUAACUAUGCGAUCGGUGUAGGUGGGCCGGCUCGGGGUGGUGAUACAGGUGCUAUCUUCACCUUCACGCCGCAUCCGAACACUGUGUAUCAAUUAUCCCCGACGAACACCUUCUUGGUCACGGCCACUGAGCUUGAGAUCGGGCAGUUGGUCGAUCCUAGCACUCUGGGUAAAACGGUAGAGGUUGAUUUCACGAAGGAGGUCAGUGGGCUGGCCGUCAUCGUUCAUGGCGUCGAUGAUAAUCUCGUGAUCCAGCAUUAG